AUGUACACAAAGCUCCUCCGGCUGCUGGCAGAUGCCCUCUCCCCCGCAUGCCCUCUCCUCACCCUCGCUGCUCUGCUCUGGCACUUGCCCCAGACCCCUCUGGAGCAGUGCACUCUGAGCCGGGACCCCCAAGUCACCAACCCCAUCUGCCUUCGUCCUAUAAGUCAAAGAUAUUUUUUACUUUUCUCUUCCAUUUCCAGGCCCCUGACAUUUAUGGGAUCACAGACCAAGAAAGUCCUGCUAACCCCCCUCAUGCACUCAGCUCGCCCUUUCCGGGUCUCCAACCAUGACAGAAGCAGCCGGCGAGGGGUGAUGGCCAACAGUCUGAAGGAGCUUCUUAGCAAGACCCUGGAUGCCUUAGUUAUCACCAGCGGACUGGUCACUUUGGUGCUGGAGGAAGACGGAACCGUGGUGGAUACGGAAGAGUUCUUUCAGACCUUAGGAGACAACACACAUUUCAUGAUCUUGGAGAAAGGGCAGAGGUGGACACCGGGUGGUAACCACGUCCCAGCCCGCCAGCAGCCAAAGAAAUCGGGAAUAGCAAGAGUCACCUUCGACUUGUACAAGCUGAAUCCCAAGGAUGUCAUUGGCUGCCUCAACGUGAAGGCCACCAUGUAUGAGAUGUAUUCGGUGUCCUACGACAUCCGGUGCACGGGAGUCAAAGCCCUGCUGAGGAGCCUGCUGCGGGUCCUGUCCCACGCCGCCCAGGUGACCGGACAGUUGCUCAUCUACAUCGGCACGUACAUGCUCCAAGUGCUGGGUGACAUGGACGAGCAGAGCCCUCCCCGGUCACACUCCAGACGCGGGUUCACAAGUGGCUAA